CUGAUUCAUUACAUAACUCACAUUGUAAUAAGCCAGAUGGCAAAAUAUAUAUGAUAUCGUCAAUAGCCAGCUGGAGGAGAUGUUCUCCUGGGGCUAAAAGCAACAGUAACAUCCCCCCUUAGGGUUUAGCCGCAUUUAAGUGGCAAAUGUACUUCACGUUUCAAUAUCAUUGAGAGAAAAAGGGAUCAAAUUAGAGUCAGCUGUUAUCGCGAUGUCAUACAACAUACGCAUGCGCACUAAGCUGGCUUCCGUUUUUAUUUCUUCACUUCAAAAUUUUUGAAUUCCUUUUAAUCAAUUACCAUGCACAGCUAUUAAGCAUGUCUCGUCCACCACACACACUGUUAUAAUACAUUAUUCAACAAUUCUACACAGUUAUAAAUAACAACACUAUCCUUUAUAAAACAUUUCCAAUAACAGAUAACAUUGGCAAACCGUUCCAUCUUUUAAAGACUGAAUGUAAAUACUAUAUGGAAGAGAUAUCUAGCACUGUCUCUGUAAAUUCAUUGUGAAAUUCCAGUGACAUAUUUGCUCUGAACUGAGAUCUGCUGAUAGCAAACGUUCUGCCAUAAAUGGAGUGUAUACAAAGUGAGUUUGUGUGCUAAUUAAACUUGGAUAAAUUUUCAUAAGUUUUUAGAUAAAGGUAACAUUGGACAGAAAUACAGCAGCUGAAAAAUAGUAAAGAAUAAACAAUAGAAACAAAAUCAACAAGAAAUAUAUAGAAAUAUUUUGAUUUGAAAAAGAAAAAAAUAUUGCAAAAACGUCAGAUACUUAGAUUGAUUUUUUUCUUGAAGACAUGCCUAGAGAUAGAGGAAAACCAUCACAUGACUUUAAUAUCUAUGGAAAGUCUAUCUCCCAGAAUGGUAACCGACUUAGACAUAAGCGUAUUCAUACAGGGAAGAAACAAUAUUGCUGUGAUAUCUGUGGGAAAUCAUUCUCUGUACAUUGUCACUUAACAUCCCACCAACGUGUACAUACAGGAGAGAAGCCAUAUGGAUGUGAUAUCUGUGGCAAAUCAUUCUCUCAGAAUGGACACCUAACUAAACACAAACGUACUCAUACAGGAGAGAAACCAUAUGAUUGUGAUAUCUGUGGUAAAUCAUUCUCUCAGAAUGGAAGCCUAACCACACACAAACGUAUUCAUACAGGUGAAACAGCAAAUUACUGUGAUAUCUGUGGUAAAUCAUUCUCUCAGUUUCAUUACUUAACUUCUCACAAGCGUAUUCAUACUGGAGAAAAGCCAUAUUGCUGUGAUACUUGUGGUAAAUCAUAUUCUAUACGUAGUAGCUUAAUAGCUCACCAGCAUAUACACACUGGAGAGAAACCAUAUCACUGUGGUAUUUGUGGUAAAUCAUUCUCUAAUUGUAGUGCUUUGAAUUCUCACAAGCGAAUUCAUACAGGAGAGAAGCCAUUUUGCUGUGAUAUCUGUGGUAAAUCAUUCUCUCAGACUUCUGCUCUAACUACACACAAGCGUAUUCAUACAGGAGAGAAGCCAUAUCAUUGUGGUAUUUGUGGUAAAUCUUUCACACAAAAUGCUUUCUUAAUUUCUCACAAACGGAUUCAUACAGGUGAGAAGCCAUAUCAGUGUGAUAUCUGUGGCAAAUCAUUCUCUGCCAGUGGUGUGUUAACAUCUCACCAACGUAUACAUACAGGAGAGAAGACAUAUCACUGUGGUAUUUGUGGUAAAUCAUUCUCUGGAAGUAGUGCUUUCAAUUCUCACAAGCGAAUUCAUACAGGAGAGAAGCCGUAUUGCUGUAAUAUAUGUGGUAAAUCAUUCUCUCAAAGUAAUGACUUAACGAAACACAAGCGAAUACAUACAGGAGAGAAGCCAUAUCACUGUAAUAUCUGUGGUAAAUCAUUUAUUGGAAGUAGUCACUUAAGGAUACACAAGCGUAUUCAUACAGGUGAGAAACCAUAUAAGUGUGGCAUUUGUGGUAAAUCUUUCACCCGAAAUACUACCUUAACUUCUCACAAACUGAUUCAUACAGGAGAGAAGCCAUAUCAGUGUGAUAUCUGUAGAAAAUCAUUCUCUCGAUUUGAAUGCAUCACUGCACACAAGCGUUUACAUACAGGGGAAAAGCCAUAUCACUGUAAUAUCUGUGGUAAAGCAUUCACUGUAAGUUGUAGUUUACGAACACACAAACGUAUUCAUACAGGAGAGAAACCUUAUCGCUGUGAUAUCUGUGGUAAAUCAUUCUGUGGCAGUAAUGCCUUAAAAGUACAUAGAUAUAUUCAUACAGGAAAGAAGCCAUAUAACUGUGAUAUCUGUGGCAAAUCAUUCUGUCAAAAUGAUGCCUUAAAAGUACAUAAGCGUAUUCACACAGGAGAGAAGCCAUACAGUUGUGAUAUCUGUGGUAAAUCAUUUCCUCAAAAUAUUCACUUAACUCGGCACAAACGUAGUCAUACAGGAGAGAAGCCAUAUCGCUGUAAUAUCUGUGGUAAAUCAUUUUCUGGAAGUAGUGCAUUAAGUACACACAAACAUAUUCAUACAGGAGAGAAGCCAUACCACUGUGAUAUCUGCAAUAAAUCUUUCUCUCGGAAUGACAAUUUGACUACUCACAAACGUAUUCAUACAGGAGAAAAGCCAUUUCAAUGUGAUAUUUGUAAGAAGUCAUUCUCUGACAGUAGUAGUUUAAUAAUACACAAGCGUAUUCAUACAGGAGCGAAGCCAUUUGAAUGUGAUAUUUGUGAAAAGUCAUUCUCUCAAAGUAGUAAUUUAAUGACACACAAGCGUAGUCACACGGGUGAGAAGCCAUAUCAGUGUGAUAUCUGCAGUAAAUCAUUCUCUGUAAGUUCUGGUUUAACAGUGCAUAAACGUAUUCAUACAGGAGAGAAACCUUAUCACUGCAAUAUCUGCAGUAAAUCAUUCUCUUCUUUCUCUGAGAAUGGUACCCUAACCACUCACAAAUGUAUUCAUACAGGAGAGAAGCCAUAUCACUGUGAUAUCUGUGGUAAAUCAUUCUCCCAGAGAUCUAACCUAACCAAACACAAAUGUAUUCAUACAGGAGAGAAGCCAUAUCACUGUGAUACAUGUGGUAAAUCAUUCUCUGCACUUAGAGCCUUAACUUCCCACAAACGUAUACAUACAGGAGAAAAACCAUAUCAUUGUGAUGUCUGUGGUAAAUCAUUCUCUCGACUUGAUUCCUUAACUACUCACAAGCGUAUUCAUACAGGAGAGAGGCCAUAUCAUUGUGAUGUUUGUGGUAAAUCAUUCUCUCAAGGUAAUGACUUAACUAAACAUAAACGUAUUCACACAGGAGAGAGGCCAUAUCACUGUGAUAUCUGUGGUAAAUCAUUCACUCAGUUUAGUGGAUUAAGUAAUCACAAACAUAUUCAUACAGGAGAAAAGCCAUAUUGCUGUGAUGUUUGUGGUAAAUCAUUCUCUCGAAAUAGUAUUUUAAGUGCUCACAAACGUAUUCAUACAGGAAAGAAGCCAUAUCAGUGUGAUAUCUGUGGUAAAUCUUUCUCACAAUCUCUAAACUUAACUGUACACAAGCGUAUUCAUACAGGCGAGACACCAUAUCACUGCAAUAUCUGUGGUAAGUCAUUCUCUGUAAGAAGUUCCUUAACCACACACAGACGUAUUCAUACAGGAGAGAAGCCAUACCAAUGUAGUACCUGUUGUAAAUCAUUCUCUGUAAGUAGUAGCUUAACAAUACAUAAACGUACACAUACAGGAGAGAAGCCUUAUAAAUGUGAUAUUUGUAGCAGAUCAUUUUCUCAACUUGGUAAUUUAAGGGCACACAAAUGUGCUCAUACAGGAUAGAAGCCACAUCAAUGAUAUUUGUGGUAAAUCAUUCUCUCAAAGUCAUGACUUAACCGGACACUUAUGUAUCCAGAUAAAAGUGUAACUGUAUCCAUACGAAAAUUCUUAACAACAAACAUUUUAAGUUCCUCCUGAAGUGAGGUGGGCUUAGCUUUGUGAACUUAACCCAUGACAACAACCAAGCCACUCAUCAUGGCCCCCUUUCUGAGGCAAUUUUUGACAACUGAUUGAACUUUUUUUUAUACCAACCUCUUGGUCACCUCUCACAGCAUAUAAGGAUAUGAAAGAAACACCUACCCUCUGUAACUGUAAUUGUAUUCCCACUGGAAAGAAGAUGUGACUGAUAACAGCUUCCCAACAUUAUUGAGAUGAAUUUUUAAUAAAAGACAUUUCCUCAA